GGCCACGGGGACAUGGUACAGUCCGCAUCGCAGGGUGGGGAGCCGAGGUGGAGCCGGGCAGAGACUCUGAAUAACGGGGAAUUACCGACAGGGAAACGGGCGAGAAACAUGAGCUGACGUCGCCCUUGCGAAGGUUUCCACCUCGGGAGGAUUAAAAUAGAAAGGCCAAAAUAUCCUGAAAAAGGAAAAGAAAAUAAAGAAGGAGAGAGAUAGAGAGGGAGAGAGGACAACAGAAGAGGCGGAGGAAACGAGGUUGUCAAAAGAAAGCGCGUCUUGCAGCGAUCCAACUUGGACGCUCACAGGGAGGCGUCUGUCAGCAAGCUCAGGAACUUCACUGGAUUUAAUUUCUUUUGAAAGCAGGCUCGUAUUUGUUGUUUUAAACGUCGUUUGGUGGUUUAAGUUUUGUAGGAUUAUUUCAAAGGGCACUGACUGCUUCUCGGACGGAGUUGGUAAACAGGACGAAGUGUCAGAGUUGGAAAGUGGAAUACCGUUGUCGUGCAACACCGCAUCACUGGCACACGGGAAAACAUCCAGCAAAACAAUAGGUUGAGAUAUGGGAUCUGAGUUCACCACAGUGAUGAUGUACUGUAUCUGCUUGUAAAGACAGGGACGUCACUCUGCUUCUGCAUACAGGCGCGUUGGCCAGCCAAUGUGGAUAUCCAGCCUGAGGAACUAUUUAUUGGUACUCCUGGAAACUACUCAGUGUUAAAGCAACACUUUGGCCAGGAAUAUUUUUUUUCACGUGUGUCUGCCGUGUCCCUGGUCUAUGACAGGGAGACAUUUUGUAUUGUCUGUCGAGAGUAUUAGGUUAUUCUCAGGCUUCUUUUCAGCCUCCCCACCCCAUCGCAGAAGCCAGCAGUUAGCGAGGGUGAGCAACUUCUGUAGGCGUGGAAGGAGAGCUGAAUAACAGACCCCCCCACACACACACACGCAAACACUGUGAAGCUUACGCUAUAGAGGGUCUGUGACAUUGGCCGGCUGUGUGUGUCAGUGGAUUAAUCUGAGAGAUAACAUCACUCUACUCUGCCCUACUCUGUCCAGUGCCCAGUUACCCCAGAAAGCGUCAGUAAUUGGAUCUAUUUUUAGUGUUAGGGAUGGGGUAAAGGGAGGCGGCUGGAAACUCUAACCCCCCUCCACCUCCUCCUCUUUCAUCCCCUCCACCACCCUGCCUCACCCAGCCCUCUUGACAGCAUGCUACACUAGCCUGGUCAGCAAUGAGAGGUUACUGGAACAACUGGAUAAGUUGGAUGAGCUAUGCCUGCUGAAACAAUUCAGAUAGGCUCUGAUGUGAUUAGGAACACUAAAUGUGCUGGAUUCUACUAGUUGAGGCUACCCUGGAAAUAUCAAUCCUAUUCUGGAGUUCACAGGAGUUGUGAAGAACUAUUUUUUUUUUUUUUUUUUUUAAAGCCUCCAGGACUAGCUACCAUGUAGUUUUAGUUAAGUGUGCUCUGGCCUAGUUGAACCUACCCUGUACAAGUAGAGCCUAUGACUUUCUCAUUUGGACAUUAAGCUCAUGCUCCUUGUCAGAGCACCUACUAGUUACUCUACGCGAAUACUUGUUUGGCCAACCUUGGACUACCUAAUUAUCAGUCACCAGCGAUCUGGAGUUGUAGAGGCCUCCAGCACCUAGAAACAAUGCCCGAAAGUGUAGAAACAACUUAAGAGAGAAGCUAACUUAACGAACCAAAUAUUCUAUCACACCCACUCCCAUGCCCACAGAGAGACAAAAUAUAUAUAGAAACAGAGAUCUAUAUCUAUAGUGUUAUAUCGCAGAAUAAGACAGAGUUUAAAUCCUCUAUAUUUUUACUGCAGAGAGACAGACAAGCUGCCUGUAUGCCAGUUGGUUGCCUUAGAAACCACAGUAAUAAAACAAAACAAAACACAAAAGCCAGAGGAGACGGUGCCUUUUGAUCGGUCGGUUGGUUUCCCACCACUUAAAGAUUUAGCAGUUUGUUUUGGAUGUAAAUUGUCAAAUUGAACUCUGGGAUUGAAAACGCUACGGCACGCCUGAUGAUCCCUACCUGACUCCCUAGCUUUCACCCGUUACGCAGCCUUCUUGAUUGAUAGUAAUUCCCUGCUGGAUCGAUCUAUUGCGAAGCAUUUCCAUGGUGAUCACAUCAUCAUCAGUGGAGGAGAAGACCGCGCCCUCCAGCAGGAUGGUCCAAUCAGAACCCUGGAUCACCUCUGCCCUGCUUCGCAAGAACAACAAGAGUGGAAGCAGCUCAGGAUGUCCUCCCACCUCCUCCUCCUCCUCCGCUGCCCAGGGCUUCUCCCCCGCUGAGCCAGCCAUGACCAGCCAGCACACACACACACACCCAUCCUUCAGCUCCAUCCACUCCAUGGCCGAGCAGCAGCAGGUGCUGUCUGAUAUGACCAUACUCCAGCGGAGGAUCCCCCCUAGUUUUAGAGACCCUGCCAGCGCUCCACUGAGGAAACUCUCCGUUGACCUCAUCAAGACUUACAAGCACAUCAAUGAGGUGUACUAUACUAAGAAGAAACGGCGGGCCCAGCAGGUCCCCCCAGAGGACAGCAGCACCAAGAAAGAGAGAAAAGUCUACAACGAUGGUUAUGAUGAUGACAACUAUGACUAUAUUGUUAAAAAUGGAGAGAAGUGGCUGGACCGCUAUGAGAUUGACUCGCUCAUCGGCAAGGGCUCCUUCGGACAGGUGGUGAAGGCCUACGACCACCAUGAGCAGGAAUGGGUAGCCAUUAAGAUUAUCAAGAACAAGAAGGCAUUUCUAAACCAGGCACAGAUCGAGCUCCGUCUGCUGGAGCUCAUGAACAAGCACGACACUGAGAUGAAAUAUUAUAUAGUCCACCUGAAGCGUCACUUUAUGUUCAGGAACCACCUGUGUUUGGUGUUUGAGUUGUUGAGUUACAAUCUGUAUGAUCUACUGAGGAACACCAACUUCAGAGGAGUCUCCCUCAACCUCACCAGGAAAUUUGCACAGCAGCUCUGUACAGCAUUAUUAUUCCUGGCCACUCCAGAGCUGUCAAUCAUCCACUGCGAUCUGAAGCCGGAGAACAUUUUGCUGUGUAACCCUAAGAGAUCUGCCAUCAAGAUAGUCGACUUUGGAUCUUCCUGCCAACUCGGACAGAGGAUCUACCAGUAUAUCCAGAGCAGGUUUUACCGUUCUCCAGAGGUUUUGCUAGGGAUGCCAUACGACCUGGCCAUCGACAUGUGGUCUCUGGGCUGCAUCCUGGUGGAGAUGCACACUGGAGAGCCUCUCUUCAGUGGAUCCAACGAGGUGGACCAGAUGAAUAAAAUUGUUGAGGUUCUUGGUGUUCCUCCUAGCCACAUGCUUGAUGCUGCUCCUAAAGCCAGGAAGUAUUUUGACAAGCUGUCAGACGGUCUGUGGACAGUGAAGAAGAACAAGGACAUUAAGAAGGAGUAUAAGCCCCCGGCCACGCGACGUCUCCAUGAGAUUUUGGGUGUAGAGACAGGAGGGCCAGGGGGCCGGAGGGCUGGAGAGCCAGGACACGCCCCCUGUGACUACCUGAAGUUUAAAGACCUAAUCCUGCGCAUGCUGGACUAUGACCCUAAGAGCCGCAUCACACCGUUCUAUGCCCUGCAGCACAACUUCUUCAAGAAGACAACAGACGAAGGAACUAACACCAGUUCAUCUACAUCCACCUCUCCUGCCAUGGACCACUCCCAUUCAACCUCCACUACUAGCUCUGUCUCCAGCUCUGGUGGCUCCAGUGGUUCUUCCAAUGAUAACCGUAACUACCGCUACAGCAACCGCUACUACAAUUCUGCUGUUACACACUCUGACUAUGAGAUGACCAGCCCUCAGGCUCCCUCCCAACAGCAGAUGAGGAUCUGGCCAGGCAGUGAUGGUGGAGGCGGGGGUCAGGACCCAGCGUAUACCCAGUUGCUGCUCCACAAACCGGCCGCCUCCCAGCAACACCAGCGCCACUUCCUGGACGCCCCCCACCACCCACACCCAACCUACACUCACCACGGCAAUGGUGGGCGUGGCUUGCGACAGGGCGGACAGACGGGCAUCGGAGGGGGAGGGCAGCAGGGAUCCUCCCCCCAGAUGAGUGACAGCAUGGAUGUGGGCGUUUCCCUGGGGCUGCACCACCUGGGGGGGGCGGUGUCUUCCAUGGAGGCCUCUCAGUUUGGCUCCGCCUCCCUGCCCCUGGCUCUGCCAAUUGGACUGUCCGCCUUCCGGACUCGGACGGCCCCCAGCGCCCCAGGGCCACAAGCCCCGCCCCCUGAGGACUACUACCCCGCCUCCAACAACAAUAACCCUGCUGGGGGGGGUAGGGGGAGGCCAGACUCAGAUGAGGGGGCUGCCAAUUCUUGAUAAACCCUGAACCACGCCCUAAAGCCAUACAAUUUUAACAACUACUACUACAACUACACACACACACACACACACACACACACACACACACACACAUACACACACACUCACUCACACACACAGCCAGAGUUCAGAGACUAAGUGGUGAACUUUGAGCUGAAGGAGACAGUUUGUUCUGCAUGAGAGGAGGAGGAGGAGGGAGGAGGGGAAUGCUGGGGGGAAAAAAUCUCCUUUUAUCCUUUUUUUUUUUUGUUGAAGGAAAGGGAGGCUGGCAACUGUAAUUGGAAUGGAACGAUUGAGACAAGUUUGUUUUUAUUAUUAUUAUUAUUAUUAUUAUUAUUAUUGUUGUUGUUUAAUAUUAUUAUUUGAUUUUUUUUUUCUGUGGUUUGAGGAGUUGUGUGUUCUACUUGGUUGUUCUUUAAGCCUGGAGAGGAGGAGGAGGAGGAGGAAAGAGAGGAGCCAUGCUUUCCCUGUGAACAUGGAGGCUAGGAGGGUUUCAAGUCUGUUAGUAGAGAGGUCAUUCACAUUCACAGCGGCUGGUUACAUUCUCAUAUUCACAGCCUUUGGGGACUAGUCUUAAUACACACACACACACACUCACACACACGCACACGCACACACACACGCGCGCACACACACACACACACACACACACACACACCCACACACCACUGUAUUCAGGAAGACAGAAGCUAGUAAACAUUUCAGAGAGACAAACCAAAAUGUUUGUGCCCUCUUCUCCUGUUUUGCCUUCUCUUUUGGGUCAGUGCAAGAUGGAAUCUCCUUCUCUAUCUGUUUCUCGCACUUCCUGUCUUUCCUCCCUCUGUCUCUCUCUCUCUCUUUCCACUUGGUUGCUAAGGAGCAUGGAGAGAGGGAAGGAGGUAUGGGGAGGAGGAGGUGAAGGGACGCUCUGAUGCCCUGCUGGCGCUCAAAGGGAUCUCCUCCUCUUCCUCCUCUCCUCUCCUCUUCCAUCCUCUCCUCCUCCUCCUCCUCCUCCUCCUCCUCCUCCUCCUCCUCAUGUUGUGGUUCUCCUCCAGACAGCUCCUCCUCUCUGCGCUGCUAAUCACCAUGAAAACUGGUCCGGAUUGCUGCUAAAGAACCAACACAGAUCAAUAAAGAAUAAAAAGAAAUAAAAACAGAAAUUAAAAAAAAAAAAAAACUUUUUAACCCUCCUGCUUCAGAGAAAAAGGAUAAAGUAAGAACCACUGCAUCUCCAUGUAUUUAUUACUAUUUAACAAGAAAAAACAAACUGAAAAAUAA